AGCCAUCUUGACCCGAGAUGGCAAGCGGUGCACGGGCGGCGGAAGCGUAGCCGCGGCCGCCCGAUGCCGCACACGGCGAUGGCCACGGUGCCAGCAGCAUAUUCACAGGUAUCUGGAGGAGGAAGAGCUGAAGGACGAGUCAAGAAACACUCGCAGGCUGACGCUGUGAAGACAAAGGGGGCCGACCCCCUCAAGUCCGCCAGCCCGAAGGGAACCUCGACCUGCUCCACGCGGUGCUCCACGCGCUGUUCCUCGAGGACGCGGGACUCCCCGGAGGUCCACGGUCGCAUGGCCCCCGGAGACGGCGAGGGCGGCGGCGGCGACCACGGCGCAGCGCCCUCGCCCUCCCAGAGGCCGCGACACCCCGCCGCGCUGGACGGCGGGGCGGGCGCCCCCCCGCAGCACGACUUCGAGAGCCUGUACGAGCUCGUCGGGGAUCGGGCGGUGGGCUCCGGCUCGUUCGGGGAGGUCUGGCGGUGCCGGGCGCGCGGGGCCUCGGGCGGCGGCGGCGGCCCCCGCGACAGCGUCGCGAAGCGGAUGGACAAGGCGAGGUCCGCGGAGCAGGGGAGGAGCCACGAGGCGCUGCUGGAGGAGGUGCGCCUCCACCGGCAGCUGCGCCACCCCCACAUCGUGGAGCUGCAGGCCGCCUUCGACGAGCCCCGCACGGUUUGGGUGGUCAUGGAGUGCUGCGACGGAGGCGACCUGUUCGACCUCAUCGAGCUCCGCAGCGCCAGCAUGCCAGGGCUCCCAGAGAACGAGGGCGCGCACAUCAUGCGCCACCUGCUGAAGGCGCUGACCUUCAUGCACAAGCAGCGCGUGCACGGCAUGUGCGCACCUGCCACGUUUCGUGCACGUGAGUACACUUACUUCUCCUGCACGAACCCGUCCAGACCGUCGAUGAUUGACUACCUGUACUUGCCUCAGGGGUACCAUGAAAGGGUUAUCCACUGCCACACUCUCCGCACACUAGGCGCGCAAGUUCAGGCAGUACGGGGCCUUCCCCCACGAGACCACGUUCCAUUGUACCUGGAAGUGCAGUAUGUAAAAGACCCUCGACAGCUACCCCCUCCUGCGGAGCCUCGGAUGAACACGUCGGCUCUGAUGAUGGCUGUUAGAUACGGGCACGGCAAGGCCGCCUUCCUUCGUGACCUGGCGGCAGAAUUGGAGUCCAACGAGGAACAGUUGUUAGAGCUUACUCACACGGGGGCCCCAGAUCAGGUGUUCGAGGCGUACGAGCGCACGGACUUGAGGCAGACGGUGCGCAAGAUGGCUCGGCUCACCCUCUCGCACGCGCGACAGUUGGCCUUUCUCGAGGCGGCGGUCUACCUGUCGUUCAUGCUGCCAGAGAAGAGCGACGACGACCUCGGCUCGUUCAUGCUGCCAGAGAAGAGCGACGACGACCUCGGCUCGGCCAUGAAGGCCCAGGGCGUCGUGUACGACAACGAGAGCAAGGCGCUCAAGGAACAGCAGAAGGCCGGCCAGAGCGUGGACUUCAAGCUCCGCGGGCCCCCGCACGUCCACCUGUUCAUCGCCCUGCUCAGGAAGAUUCUGAGUUUGACGGCAGGGGGAGGCCACCUCGAGGACAAGAAGACGUACACAAUCAUCCGAGAAUUCUGGGAGUCCACGAUCCUCGUCAAAGAGGUGAGCCAGAUUGCAGAGUUGAUCCUUCAUUGUCGGUACAAGAAGGCCAGGAGCGACGCAGAGGAGAAGUUCGGGGUGAUCUGCAUGGCGAUCGAGAGACGAUCGGCGGAGAUGGUGAUAGUAUUCGAGGCGGUGUGCUCGUUCAUGGUCCUGAAGGGCGGAGCCAAGAAGCUGACGGGGCCAGCGCCGCGCGGGCCCCUCGAGAGGGACCUGGGGAACUUUGUAGGGGCCAAGGGCGGGGGCAAGGGCCAGCAGUGCAGAGUGUCGUGCGGUCAGCCCCGUGCGGCGCAGCGUUUCGUGAGCUCCUGCAGGAGCAACGGCGAUCACGAGGCUGCUCUUGGUGGCCCUCCUGUGCGCGAGCAGCCUCGCCGCCUCAGCAGGAUGGCGCCGCCCAAGCUGCAGUCCGGGCACACCAAGCAGCGGGUGGCGUGGUCCCAGCAAUGGCACUGCCGUUUCUGCUGGGCCCCGUCCGGUGCGCGCUGGUGGAACCAUGCCGAGCUGGUGUCGUGCAAGCAGUGCCAGCGGUCCAAGGGGCAGUGCUUCCACUCCAACCGGGUGCCCAAUGUGCCGUCUGUGUCCUCCAAGGAAAAGACGGCAGCGGCCGAGCUGCGCAAGCUCCAGUCCGAGCUCAAGCAGGCGCAGUCGGAGGUCGUCAAACUCAAGGCCGCUGGUAGGGUCGCUGCGCCCGCGCCAGACCCGUUCGGCAUGGCAGUCGACUGCGGGGCGGCCUUGGUGCAGCUCGAGGCCGAGGUCGAGUCGGAUCGGGCCAAGGAGCUGCGAGAUCUUCUCGACCAUACCGUGGGCGUCAGCGACUCCUCGGGCGGCCUGCAGGAAAUGCGCAGGAAGUACGCGGAGGAGCUCGAGCAGCUGCGCGUCAAGCGGAUGGGCUCGCGCCCGCUUCCUGUCCAGAUGCAGCAGCUGUCGCAGCAGAUCAAAGGAUUGGAGCGCAAGGCAGAGGCCAAGCGCGCGGGCGUCGCCAAACUCCUCGGCCAGGUGCGAGAGCUCCAGUCGCAGCAUGACGAGGCGGCGACGGAGCUUGGCACCAUCCAGAGCGAGAUUGCUGUGCUGGAGGCGCAGCGGGCCGAGGUGGCGUUGCAGUUCCCGCAGCCGGCGACCGUCAUCGAGGGCGUCAAGGCCUCGCUCGACUCCGUGCUGCCCAGCGUCCAGAUGUCCGCCGAGCAGAUGGUCCAGGUGCUGGGUACCUUCGGCGCGGAUGAGGAGGCGGCCAAGGACCUCCACCGCGCGGUGGGCCGCGUCCGUGCUGCGGCCGUCAAGGCGAAUGCCGAGCGGCAGGCGGAGCUCGAGCGCCGGCAGGCGGAGGCCGCCAGAGGCUCGGCCCCCCCGACGGGCGGCGCGGCUCCAGGCACGCCCAUCCCCGAGCCAGCGUUGCGGCCGCCGACGGCGAAGCUGCUGGGCGCGCUGCUGGGCGCGCUGCUGGGCGCUAUCUGGAGGCCGACGGACCGCCCGUGGCCCGAUGUCAGCGACCUCGGCAGGGCCUUCGUGCGGGAGCUGAUGACGGUCGACGCCGCGGUGCGGCCCUCGGCCCAGAAGGCACUGGGGUCCCCGUGGCUGUCCGCGGAGCUCGGGGCCGCCCGCAGGGAGGAGCCCGCGGUGGAGCCGGCGCCCGCGGCGCCAGAGGCCCAGGAGGUGUUCGGCCCGGAGUCACUGGUGCCGGACCUGGGCUUCCUGUCGCUGAUGGAGUCGCUGAUGACCUCCGUCGACGCCGACGGGUGCGCGGAGGAGACCGACAUCUCUGGGGUGCUCCAGGCUUGCCAGUCCGCGGGCUGGUGAAGCCGCUCCCGGAGGCACAAAUAUACGACAAGCUCACGCCUGUCGGACAGCCGCGCGCGGUCCCAGGCAAGGCAAGGAGGCGGAGGAGGAGAUGGACAGUCUCUCUGAAUAUCUUCCUUCUUCUGCCGCGCUUCGCUCCCAGAUCUUUGGCCGCGCGUCUUGAUUUGGUCCAUGGUGUGUUCUGUGGACUACCGUUUGAAUAGGCAAUCUUCGCCUCUCCCUUGCGCCUGGAAUUUUUCUCGGCGGUUGCGGCGGGCUCCCUCACCCCUCUGCUUUCGAGCCUCGCGACCUGCCGACGAUCUGACCGCGGCCCACCCACCGUGUCUUGCAAACGGUUGGCGCCUGCGGCGGCUGUUGUUGCCCAUUUGCGUUCGAUCCUCGCGCCUUGCCGACUCCCCGCCCCGCGGCAUACCCCCAUGGCCUGGCAUAAAGCCAGCUCCUGUGGCGAGCUGGUGGUCUCUGAGCAGAGCGGCGGCGGUGGGUGGACGUCUUGGCACCGACGCUCGAGCCCCGGAGGCAGG